CCGCUCUCGACCAUGCUCUCAGGCAGUAUCCAGUUCUUUUAAAGCACCCAGCAGUCUGUUGUCAUAAUGAGUCCUCUAUCAUCUCUCAUUAAUAUAUGACAAUAAUAUAUUAGAUUAUACCCCGAGGCGUUUCUCACAGAUCCAGGAAGAGACGAUAGGAGCUGUUUUUUGGACACUUUGACCUCAACCAGUGUCUCUGCAGCCGCUUCUUCACCCGUGUAUUUGUCUGCUUUGCGCUGGUUGAUGCUAGGUGGCUAAUGCUAGUCGGUAAACAUCAAUAAACUGCAAACAACGAGGAGCAGAAAAACCGGGUCUUCUAUGCUGCUGGUUCUACUACCAAAAAGAAACAUGGACAUAGGCAGUGAUGGGCAACAGGAGAAGGAGCACUGAGAGCAGCAUGGAGGGGGACAAAGAGACCCCCGUAACACAGAGACACGGACGAAAAAAGAGCACUGAGAGCAGCAAGGAGGAGAACAAAGAGAUCCCCAUAACUCAGAAACCAAAGGGAAGAGCGGGACUAAAAAGUCACAGCUGUGACCAAUGUGAGACAUCCUUCACAAGAUCUGAUCAUUUAAAGCGCCACCUGCGUAUUCACACUGGAGAGAAACCAUACAGCUGUGAACAUUGUGAGAAAACCUUUUCUCAAAGUAGUCAACACAAAGCCCACCAGCGCAUACACACAGGAGAGAAACCAUACAGCUGUGAAGAAUGUGGGAAAACUUUCAGUAGAUCAGAUACACUGAACAUUCACCAACGUGUUCACACUGGAGAGAAACCAUACUGUUGUGAAGAAUGUGGAGCAACUUUCAUUACAUCAGGUGAUCUCAAACGACAUCAUCGCGUUCACGGGGGAGAUAAACCAUACAGCUGUGAAGAAUGUGGGACAACUUUCAUUACAUCAGGUGAUCUCAAAAUUCACCAACGUGUUCACACGGGAGAGAUACCAUACUGGUGUGAUGAGUGUGGGAAAGUUUUCUCUUCAUCAGGUAAUCUCAAAAGACAUCAUCGUAUUCACAUGGGAGCUAAACCAUACAGCUGUGAAGAAUGUGGGAAAACGUUCACUACAUCAGGCGAUCUCAAAAUUCACCAACGUGUUCACAUGGAAGAGAAACCGUACCGAUGUGAAGAGUGUGGGAAAACUUUCACUUCAUCAAGCAAUCUCAAACGACAUCAUCGUAUUCACACGGGAGAAAAACCAUACAGCUGUGAAGAAUGUGGGUCAAAUUUUAUUACAUCAGGUGAUCUCAAAAUUCACCAACGAGUUCACACGGGAGAGAAACCAUACUGGUGUGAAGAGUGUGGGAAAACUUUCACUUCAUCAGGUAAUCUCAAAACACAUCAACGUGUUCACACCGGAGAGAAACCAUACUGGUGUGAAGAGUGUGGGAAAACUUUCACUAGAUUAGCAGCACUGAAAAUUCAUCGUCGUAUUCACACUGGAGAGAAACCUUACCGGUGUGAACUGUGUGGGACCGCUUUCACUAAGUCAGGUGAACUCACAAAUCACCAACGUAUUCACACGGGAGAGAAACGAUACUGUUGUGAACUGUGUGGGAAAACAUUUUCUAAAGGAAGUAGCCGUAAAGUCCACAUGCGCAUUCACACUGAAUCAUCUUGAACAACUUUGCGAGCAAAGCUAGCUGUUUCCUCCUCCUAAUGUCCUGAUAGCUGUAUUUUUAUAGUUUAACAUUCUUUCUAAAUUGAAUCCUGAACAACAGUUAUUUAUGUUCUAACCAGCGUUCACGCUAUGCCAACACGAGGCCACAGAGAUGCCUCAGAGCCAGAGAUGAUGUUUCUUCUGAUGUUUGUAAUGGUUCCUGAUCUAUAAGGGAAUGUUCUACUAUGAUGUGUUUGAAACAUGGUUUUCUUAUAGCCUCGUUAUGAUUCAGUUUAAAAGAUACUGUUAUUCCUUUUAUGAAAUGUUCCGUGUCCAGUGUUAAACUGCUAGUUUCAUUAAGCUGCAUUAAAGGUCUCCUAUUACGCUAUAUUUGAACAAUAUAUGUGAAGUGUUUUGCUCAAAAUACCGAACAGAUCCCCCAUUGUAGCAUGCUUCAUCCCCCUCUAUUUCAGCCCUGUUCCUUAAGUGCUGAUUCUGUGACUGUAGCUUUAAAUGAACUAGCUGCUGCUGGCCACGCCCCUUUGGAGCUGCUGCUGGCCACGCCCCUUUAGAGCGUCAUGAUCUCUCCUCUGAAGAGAGUUUUCUACCGAGGAGACUCAGCUAAACGCUGCCGUGA